CAGAGCUGUACAGCUUUCGAACAGACAGUAAACUCUUUGCAUUAGGCAGAGCUGUACAGCUUUCGAACAGACAGUAGACUCUUUGCAACGCAUCCAGUCAGAUCCGGUUUUCUUCCUCCUAGUACAGCAGACACGUGUGUAGCCACCCGAGAUCACCAGUUACCAACUUUCCUUUCGCUCAGUUAGUCACAAAGAGCAAGUAUUGGAAAAACCAGUCCUACAGGCCUACCGUGGCAAUGGAUGAUCAUGAAUCAGCAGUGAAUGGACUGGAAAGUGUUCACUUUGAUGUCUGGCAAGACGUCUUGUUGCCAAUGUUGUCUAUUCAAGACGUAUUUCAGCUGUGUGCUGCCAGCAAAUCCAUGCAACGGUUGCUGUUCAAUGAGUACACGUUCAGACAACUUUGUAUGCAACGCUAUCACCUCAGUCCACGUUUGAAAGUGCCAUAUAUUCGAGUUGCAAAACUUAUGUUUAUCGCUCACAAAGUGGCCACUAAUUUCUACAUCGAUGAUGAAAGGACCACUAUUUUCUCCAUCGAAGAUCCAGCCAAUGCGUUGGGAAGUUUUUUGAACACGUUUGUACAAUUAUUGAGCCUGGCGUUAAUGUCACCCGCCAUUGCUGGCCUCAAACCGAGCUGGACAAAUGCUGCUUUACGUGAUACACUUGUAAAAGGGAUUUACUUGCACCCUGAAGAGGCUUCUCUAUCCUUACCGAACAUAACUCCCGUUAUAAUCAUGGACAGAUGCACGCCUAUCAACCCAGAUAGUCCAAUUGGUAGCAGAAGGUACCGAAUUGAAGAUAUAUCGAAUUUGUUGCUCGAGAUUUGUGGUCCGCUGGAACAGUACCAAGAGGCCAUCAUUAACCGUUUGGAUGAAGAUAUGCCGAGACUGGAGGCCAUCUUGCCAUUUGUGAAUGGAUCAUUGAGGGUUGUAGAGUUUGCAAAAAGUCUUCACGGCAUAACCAAGAGCGACACAAAAAUAUGUUUAUACUUGGAGCUAGUUGACCUAGAUGUCUAUACGGACGUUCCUUUUGAAUGGACAUAUAAACCUUACAUGGAAUGGGCUCUUCUGUAUAAUGUGAAUGACCAACAUUUACUAGAUUUUUCCGACCCAGUGCUUGUAACCAGAGAAUGGAUUUACGCGAUUGGAGAACUCGUACCCAAUCAUUCCGUUUUCCGCCUGCUGGUAUUGGGAAGGCUACGUACGUCUGAGGCGGGCGAUUACUUCACAGCUAUCACAGUGCACGAAGCCAUAUUGAGUUUUUUGCCGCAGUACAGACGCCCCAAUCGUCACAAUCUCUACGAUGGUUUGGGAACCUUUCUCCUUUCAUCAUCACAAGGACAGGAAUAUCAGAAGGAAUGGACGAUGGUGGAAUUAGUGGACGCUAUGCUUAGAUAUGGCAACGAACUCACUGGCAAGGAACUAACUGGCAGUGGAAAAAAUGUCUAGUUGAGCUAUCCCAUGGGCAGCUCAUUUAGAUUAUAGACAGCCCAUAUGCAAUAUUUCCUGCCCAUCUCCUAUCAAUAUCUACCUAUAUUCAUGAACUAUGCUGACAGUUGGUCCCGCACAGUUUCCUGUAACCUAGUUUGAUGUCAUUGAUAACGAGUUAAGAACUCAGCAACUAUAUACUGUUUCUUUGCUUCCUAUUAUGACGUGUGCACAUGCAGUGGCAUGUGCGUAUUUUACCUUCUGACCCGCUAAUGUUUUUCAUGUCUUGAUUUUGAUUGUAAUCGCACAAACAAGUCAACAAAAAGGCAUCUGUGGGUCAUUGAGGAGUGUUGGUCUCGAAACAACUUGUUUCAAGCCCAAAGUAAAGCUGCUGUUAGCUCACCGUAGAGCUGCAAUGAUUAAUGCAUUUCAUUCCCGUAGCUAUGCAGAAGACGUU